CCCACUAUACUAAUGUGUUUUUGUGAGCUAUGCAUUGUCUUGCCUAAUCUCUUGAAUGUUAUGGCCACCUAUGCAAAUUCCUCGCCAAUUUCCUUUUGCUACAUAUGUUGAUGAAAUCUCAUCGGAUCCACGUAGCAAAAGAAAUAUUUCAUCGAUCACUAAAUAAUCUCAGUAUCAAUGGCGGAUGCAGGUGUCAGGUAUGCAUUAGUCACCGGUGGGAACAAAGGAAUCGGUUUGGAGAUCUGUAAGCAGUUAGCUUCCAAAGGAAUUAAGGUGAUUUUAACUUCAAGAGAUGAGAAGAGAGGCCUUGAAGCACUGCAAAUCCUCAACCACUCUGGCCUCUCUCAUCAUGUGGAUUUUCUUCAACUCAAUGUCGUCGAUGCUGCAAGCAUCGCUGCUGCAGUCCAAUUCUUCACCACAAAAUAUGGGAGGCUUGACAUUCUGGUGAACAAUGCAGGCGUAUUAGGACUGGAGGGAGAUGUUUCAAUUCCUCAAGAGGUGGUAGAAGCAACUGUUGUUGCUGUCGUUGCUAACUCAGAGGUUGAGACGCCGCCGCUGCAGCUGAAAACGAAAGGAACUACGAUCCAGACAUAUGAGGCUGGAGAAAAGUGCAUUCACACAAACUACUACGGUGUAAAGAGAGUGACAGAAGCCUUCAUUCCUCUCCUCCAACUAUCUGAUUCACCAACUAUUGUCAAUGUCUCCUCCAUGGGAGGCCACCUUACCCACUUGCGGAACGAGCGUGCAAAAGCUGUAUUGAGCAACGAAGCGGGCCUGACAGAGGAGAGCGUGGAUGGGGUGGUGCAAGAAUUCCUCAUUGAUUUCAAAGAGGGGAGACUGGAGAAGAACAAGUGGCUGAAUCAUGCUACGGCCUAUCAAGUCUCUAAGGCAGCUUUGAAUGCAUACACAAAAGUGUUGGCUAAGAGGCACACUGAUUUCAUCAUCAACAGCCUCUGCCCUGGCUUUGCAAGAACGGAUAUGAAUGGCAAUCUCGGCGCCAUCAGCGCUGAGGAGGCUGCUCAGAAGGUGGUCAGGGUGGCACUGCUGCCUCGCGGAGGGCCGUCGGGGGCCUUCUUUUAUGACAAGGAUGCGUAUGGUGUUGCUACUUGAUGGAUAGUGUCUGUGUGUGGAAGAAUAAAAUUAUCAUAAAUAAAAUUAUAAAAAUUAAAAAUAAAGUCAGAAAAACAAUAAAAUAGCUAUUUUACCCUUUAAACUAUGUCAGAUGGUCAAAUUACAUCAUAAUUCAUGGUGUAUCAAUAUCUUUAAAUCCUUAGUUCAUUUCGCAAAUUCAAUGCAAAUAUCA